UCCCCCUUUCACGACACGGCGGCGUUGACUCGGUGACGUCUGACGUCACGCCGCUGUCGGAGGCGUCCCAAACAUGGCCGCUCCCAGCUAGUCCAAGCGAUUUGCUCAGUUUUCGCUCUUUAAUUGUCGUUUUUGAAAGAUGAUGCUGCACAAAAUGGAGAAAAUGGUGCCAUCCGCUGAGGACGAAGAGAAGGAGAUGGAGGGAGAGACAGAUGAAGAUGAGGAAGAAGAAACAGAAGAGGAAGAAGGAGGAAGUGAGAGGGAAGAAGAUGAGGAAAAAGAAGAGCAGGAAAAGAAUCCAUUACCUGGUCAGGAUGAGGAGAAAAAGGAGGCAGAUGUGCUGAACCUCAACAACGAGGUGGUGAAGAUGAGGAAGGAGGUGAAGAGGGUCAGGGCAUUGAUCAUAAGGAAGCUGACGCGUCAGAUUGGCGCGCUGAAGAAGAAGAAGGGGAACGAGACCGAGAUGGAGAGGAAUCAGAGAAGAGCUGCGAGACUGCUGGAAGAGAUCCACGACAUGAAGAACCUCGUACCCGAUCAGGUGACCAAGACCGCCUUACAGAAGAAUCUCAGCUUUGAGCAGGUUUGCAAGAAUCCCAAGUCUACCAUAUCUGACCGGGCCAUCGCUCGCAUCGCCACCCACCCUCAGUUCAGCAGGAAGAUUGAGAACAUCAAAGCAGCUGUGAAAGCCUUCAAAGAGGAGCGGAUGAAGAGCGGGAAGCGAGUAGGAAAGGAAAAAGUGCAAAAUCAAGGAAAGGCAGUGGAAGGAAAAGUGACUCUGCAGUUACAAGAGAAAAAGGAGGGAAAAGAGGAGCUUAGGGAAAACAGCGAGGAGGAAUGUCUUAAAGAGAGUGAAGAUGGAACUGUUGCCGAAGUCAGAGAAGAAACGGAGAAAGGUGGAACUUCUGAUGUUCACGCACAAAAAAAGACAGAGCCUAAGAGUGUUAGAGCAGCACCAGUAAAAACUAUUGAUAUAAAGGAGAUUGUGAAAAAUAAACCUCCAGUUAAAAAAGAGAAACCCGUUGUCCAGGCUGAGCCAGCUGAGGAAGAGAGUGAUUUAGAGUCGUCAGGUGAUGAAGAGAGGGAGUACUUUGAUGACAGCACGGAGGAACGGUUCCACAAGCAGUCAUCGCAGUCGGAGGAGAGCGAUGAUGAUGACGGCUUCUUUGUAGGAAAAGUGAGCAAGUUCAAGAAGAAAAAGAAAAAUCCAAAAGACGAAGGGAUGGAGGAGGUGGCGGCGGGUAAGAGAGCUGAGGCAGGAAAGGACUCGGCUGAGAACGUGAAGUCUUCGGACAAGCUCGAGAGUCAACUCGAUGAGCUUGAAUCUAGGCUGAAAUCAAAAGCGACCAAGCUGGAGUCUCUCUUCUGUCCUUCUCUGGCUGGGACUAAGGCAGGUGGGGGUAGAGGUGCUGGCAGAGGGAGAGGUGGAGAAAAAUUUAGAAAACACAAUAAAGAUUUCAAUAAACAGCCCAAGUUCCAGAAGCCGGAGAAAAGUUCAGGGUCUAAGUACAGCAAGCCCUGCCCCGAUGGCAAACACCCCGAGUCUGAGGAUAAGGGCUUUGCUACUGCUAGCAGAGGAAGGGGACAAGGCAGAGGCGAUGUUCUGAGGCAAAAAGAUCACAGGGGUGGAGGUGUCUUCUCACAUAGGGCACCACAGCAGGCACUGCAUCCAUCCUGGGAGGCCAGUAAGAGAAGGAAGGAGCAGCAAGGACAAAUCCUGGCCUUCCAGGGGAAGAAGAUCAAGUUUGGUGAUGAUGAUGACUGAAAGUUGUUGGCUGUUUGUGUAAAGUUUAAAGUUCAGGGAUGAUGUGUUGGAAGGUUUAAACUCUAAGAUGCAACCUGUUCUGUGAUAGCUUUGUCAGUGGGCAGCAGUUUAAGCAGCGCAUUCAUUCUAUGGCUGCACUAUACUAACGGGACUCAUUUGAAUGUAGGACACAGUGAAGCUGUUGUUUGUGUAUUUGAACGUGUACACAGUUCAGGUUUUCUGUCCUUGUGAUUCCAGCGAUGGUUUUGUGAUGAUGUUAUCCACUUUUUUUUUUUAAAUCCUUCAUUAUUAGACAUGUUUAAUAAUACAGUUGUAGUCUUUACACAAGCAUAUUGUGCCAUUUUUUGCUGUAAAGUUUUUAUCUGCAGUAUUGUGUAAAAGUCUUGAGCCACCACUCGUUUCAAUACAUUUUCCUUUUCCUUCUAAGUAUUCUUGAGCAGUAGUUUAUUUUUGUACAUUGGCUGCUUCUUCACCCAUUUUCAGUCCAGUCCUUGUAGCUGACCGUUUUAUAGAGGAAUGUAUUCUCUCUCGCUGUAUUUUGUUAAGCUGCUUAACACUGUUUUAUGACUCAUUCAAGAAUAAAAAAGACACCUAACUCAGUGUUCUGCCUACACAACUGACAACUGAGUAAAGAACCAAUUUU